AUGGUGCAUUAUGGGAAGGAUCUAACUCCAGAAGAUCUACUGUGCGUUCGCUUGAGUGUUGAAAAUUGUUCGAAGGUUUGGACUUCAGAAGGCCGCGAGGUGUAUCUUACAAACAACACCCACAUUGGUUGCACAUUCCCAGAGUUAUCCACAUUCACCGUACUGAAGAGGAUACAGUCAAUUGAGAAUGCUGCCGAAAUCCUCUCCUCGUUUCCAGGCAAAGCGCUGUCAUUCGAUGAGGGGAAUAAAGCCGAAGUCUAUGCUAUCAUCACGCAACACCUCACCCAAUUAGAAGAUGCUGCCCAGAUGAUGGCGGCUGAUGCGGUCACUCAAGGAGAGCUGAAAUUAGUCUCAGACAUUCAAGAACUCACAGUUCAGGCAUUGCCAAUAAAUAGUUCCCUGAGUGGAGAAGCAACAUUAUCGACUGUAACUACACACGUGACAAUACCUUGGGACACCGUGAGGGGAAACCAAACCUCUGGAAUCGCCUGCGUAGCCACCAUUGUUCUCAAGGGCUCAGAAUCUGGAAUGGACGCUGACCAUUUGGGAAACAAAUACAAAGCGAAGCCAAGGCUGGUUUCUGACGUACUGACCAUCAGUAUCAGUGGCUUCAAGAAAGGGAAGCUCUCCACUCCCGUCAGCUUACAGUUUACACAGAGUGAGAGUAAAGACCAGACAAAUGUCCCCAUCUGUGUCUACUGGGCCAGUGCCGCCAACCAGAGCGGCUGGUUAUCAGAUGGUUGUACGGUUCAAAGCUCCAAAGGGAAUCGAACAGUCUGCAGUUGUAACCACCUGACCAGCUUCGCCGUGCUGAUGGCACCCACAGAAAUCCCGGAUUCCCAAGAAAACAUCCUGCAAAAAAUCACCUAUGUCGGAAUAGCGGUGUCCUUGUUCUGCCUCCUGCUUUCCCUCAUCAGCUUCACCCUGUGUCGUUCAAGUAACAACAUUCGGAUCACCUUACAUACCCACCUGACCCUCAGCCUGUUCCUGGCUGAAUUCCUGUUUGUGAUUCAUAUUGACCAGGUCGCCAACGAGAUUGCGUGUAAGAUCGUCGCCAUAUUACUUCACUACCUCUUCUUGGCCUGUUUUGCCUGGAUGCUUCUGGAAGGAGUUCAGCUUUACCUCAUGGUGGUGAAAGUCUUCCACUCCAGGAGUCUGCAGCGGAAAUACCUGUACCUCACUGGCUAUGGCCUCCCUUUAGUCAUUGUCGUCACGACAACAGCGAUUGACGUGAACGCUUAUGGGACCAAAACGUAUUGCUGGUUGACUCUCACCUCUGGAUUUAUCUGGGCUUUCCUGGCACCAGUCUGUGCAAUUAUUGGGAUUAAUGCAGUGUUCUUCAUCAUCACUGUGUGGAAGUUGAUUGGCAAGUUUUCAAUGCUCAGUACAGACGUCCCAUAUUUUAAGAAAGUGAGGUCUUUCACCUGCACUGCAAUUGCCCAGUUGGUUCUGUUGGGUGGCACCUGGAUAUUCGGCAUAUUUCACAUCACCGGAGACACCAUCUUCAUGUCCUACAUAUUCACCAUACUCAACAGCUUGCAAGGGCUUUUCAUUUUCAUCCUGCACUGCGUCCUGAACAAGCAGGUUCGCAGUGAGAUCCUCAAUACUGCAUCGAAGAUCACCAAGGACUCCAGCAUUUGGAAAUCUUCCAAUCCCAUCAACACAUUCCUUUUGACCAUCUGGAUUCCUGGUCAUUCGUCUCAAGCACCCACGGUGCUAGUGAGUUCCACAUUCCAGGCACAGACUGAUUGGUGGUUAUCUGGUCUCCCUCCCAUUGGAAUCUGACCAGGUUCCCAUAAAUCCCUCGUGUCAAAAUCAAUUCGGAGCAGCCGGCAGACCAUCUUCGAACGAUACCGUUGCGAUGUUGGAAAGUGAGAUUUCUGACAGUUAUUGAUGAGAAGGCGUUGCAAGUGAAUAAGACAGUUUUCAGGGUGAAGCUCUGUUUGUAACCUUCACUUUUCAAGCCAGGUUAAGUGCCCUUCAAGACUGGAUGGCGAUGUACAUGUGUUGCCAACAUCAUGGGUUCAAUUCCCACAUCGACUUGAAGGACUCUCUUUCUGA